AUGGUGGGUUCGGGUGCGAAAGGCGAUGCCAGUGGGUAUGGGUGGUGGUGGAGGGGAGGGGGCAUGAGGUGGUGGAGAGGGUGGACAGGGUGGAGGGGAGGGUUCACGGGGUGGAGAAGGUACGACCGAAGGUGGGGAGGAAGUGGGGUUAGUGGGGGCGGGGAGCAUGGUUUCGGGGAGGGUGGGUUCGAGAUUCAUGGGUGUAGGGAGUUGGGUUUCGGUGAAGGCGGGUUCUGGGUUCAAGGGUGUAGGGAGUGCGAGGGUGGGGUCGGGGAGUAUGGCAGAGAGGUUGGGGUCAGGGAGGGUGGGUUUGGGGUUCAGAGGUGGAGGGAUUUGGGUGUCGGGGAGGGUGAGUUCUGGGUUGGUGAGUGCGAGGUGGUCGUGAGAGGUAGGGGCGGAGGACUCAAAGUUUUCAGGGGAUGGGGUGGGGAGGCGAUUGCGACGGCGAAGGGCAUAUAG